AUGGCCUCGCAAGCUUUUUCUGGGAAACUCAUCAAACUAUGGGGGGAAUACGAAGUUCGAAUGAUGAUUUUACUGAGCCUUUCUUUACAGAUCAUCCUCAUUAUAUUUGGUUCUCAACGAAAAUACAGAAGAAGUAGGUGGAUAAACAUUCUUGUUUGGUUAGCAUACUUGGCAGCGGAUUGGGUGGCAACAGUUGCUUUGGGCAUCCUUGCCCGCAGCCAAGGACUUUUUAAUGAUGAUUCUUCGCAACCAAACAAUGUAAUUCAGGCAUUUUGGGCAUCGUUCCUUCUCUUACACCUUGGUGGUCCAGAUACUAUCACAGCUUACUCUUUAGAAGACAAUGAGUUGUGGUUAAGGCACUUACUUGGAUUUGUAAUCCAAGUUGGGGUGGCAUUUUACAUCCUCGUACGAUGCUACUGGGACAACAAUGAAGCUUUUAUAUUCCUAGCCAUUCCAGUAUUUAUCAUUGGAGUAAUCAAGUAUGGAGAGAGAACUUUGGUGCUCCGGUCUUCAAGCGCCAAGCAACUUAAAGAUUCUUUGCUCUCAUCUCCUCCUGAAUCUGGACCAGAAUAUGAUGAAAUUGUGGCAGCAAUAGGUCGUGGAGAGGUGUUGCAGACAAAGGAAUCAACGGCAAUAGUAGCUGUAUCAAAUGUUGAAAGCAUUAAACCAAAGGAUUAUUAUCUCGUUGAGGCCAGUAUGUUAUUUGAGAGAUUAAGGUGUCUCUUUGCAGAUUUGAUUCUCAGUCAUUAUGAAAGAAAAGAGAGCUAUUCCCUCAUUCACAACAAACCACCAAAAGAUGCCUUCAAAUUGGUAGCUGUUGAGCUUGGAUUCAUGUAUGAUGUGCUCUUCUCCAAGGCAACCACAAUUUAUUCGAGAUUCGGAAUCUUUCUUCGUUGCUUCUGCUUCUUCUCCCAUGUUUCUGUAUCAAUUGUCUUCUUAUAUGCUGUCGAUAAGCAUGCCUAUUCACCAAUUGACAUCUCCAUAACUUGUGUACUCCUGCUUGGUGCUGUUUUUCUGGACCUUUACGCAUUCAUCGUGCUUUUGCUAUCUGACUGGACAAAACUUUGGCUGACCAAGCAUAAUUUUAAUUGCCAUGGUUUACUUUUGAACAACAGCAAGAGGUGGUCAGAGUCAAUGGGUCAGUACAACCUAUUAAGUUUGUGUCUAAAAGACAUCUCAUCCAAAACUGUUAGAGCUCCCAAGUUACUUGGCAUCAAGGAAAUAUUAGAGAAAUACCAGUAUUUGACUUGGGAGGAUGUGAAUGUCGACCUACAAGAAAUGAUCUUUGAGAAGGUCCGAGAGAAUGGUAAGAAAAUGGAAGGUGAUCUUUUUAAUAUCAAGCUAUGCAAAGAAUUGUUGGCUCAAAGAGGUGAUUAUGCGCUUGGCGAUUGUUUUAAUGAAUUUGGUUGGAGUACAACUGGGGUAGAAUUUGAUCAUAGCAUUCUUCUUUGGCACAUUGCUACCGAUCUUUUUCAUUAUCUUGAUCAUAGUGUCAAUGCAGAUGAUAAUAGAAUUCCUAUAAGCUGCAAGCAAUUAUCAGAUUAUAUGUUGUAUCUUUUAGUUAUAUGUCCAACCAUGUUACCAAAGGGGAUUGGUGAGAUAAGGUAUAGGGAAACUUGUGCGGAGGCCCUAAGAUUUUUUGAAAGAAAAAGGAAGAGGGAAAAAAUAUCCAAUAUUUCAAGAAAUGAAGCCUGCCAAAUGUUACUUCAAGUGAAUACUGACGGUUCACUAGUGGAAGAUAUUAAAGGGGAUCGAAGUUUAUCGGUGCUAUAUUACGGGUGCAAACUAGCCAAGCAAUUGCAGAACUUGAAGUCUAGACAAUAUGGUUGGAGUCAUGAACAAGUUUGGAAGAUGGUAAGUGAAGUAUGGAUAGAAAUGUUGACAUAUGCUGCAAGUCAUGGUGGGUGGAAAGAGCAUGGGCAACAACUUAUUAAAGGUGGAGAGUGGCUCAGUCAUGUACGUCUUCUAAUGUCACAUUUUGGCUUAAGUGAUCAAUAUCAAAUCCAGAAGGGAAGUGUGGGUACCUCUCAGCCGCCCCCGCCCCAAGCCCGGCCCUGGUUCAGGCUCGCGCCCCAGCCCCCAGCCCCGCCCCUCUAG